CGGCGGGGCAGCCCCAGCCUCAGGGGCGCUUCUCACCCCCUCCCGCGCUCAGUCAGUGCCUCAGGGGAGUCUAAGCCCACGUGACCUCUGCUGGGAAGGGGGCACCCCUUUGGGUGUUUGCUGUGCCAGACAGGUGGUUACCAGCCUGGGGCUCUGUCUGCACCCUCGGGAGAGCCAGUGCGGAUGGCCUAGUCCAGGUGUGCAAAGAGCCUUCGCCUGGGAAAUCCUGCGAUUCAGCCUGGAAAUCAUGAGACUUUUCUUUGUGCCCCAAAGAUUCCCUGGGGUUGCUCUGCAGCCAGAGGAGCUACUGGUUUUCUUUUCCCAGUGAAAGCUGAGAGUUGUGUGCACUCCCCUGACUCCAGCAGGUGGGGCUUUAAGUAAAACAACAAACCUUGGCAGAGGGACAAAUACAUUCCAGUGUGCCUGGCUGAGAGAGAAAACACAGGAGCUGGGAACCUGUGUAAGCACCUACAUUUGGCAGUUGUGCUCCCUGAGUGAUCGCUCCAUGCAGACACUGGAUAGGCCUAUACUACAAGGACUGUAUUGGCUUACCUACACAGCCUACAGCAGGGCUACUUAACACGCGGCCCCUUUUGUUUGCGACCCGCGGUGUGGUUGAGGCUCAACAUGUGGCCUGCAGAUCUUCCAAAAAUACUUGCUACUGUGAUGAUUAAUUCAACAAGUCGCAUAGUUCUGAGUGUAUUGAUUUUAAGGGCAUUGGCGUAAAGGGACAAGAUGUAAUGGACCAUAUGAUCCUCCUGGAUUUGGAGUAUUUCUGUUUCUUUUUAAAUUGAUGAUCAGCACAGAGAAGAGAGUCCUUCCAGAAUUCACCACUGUCUGCUUUCCCUCAUAUUCCCUAAAACUGCUUUUAAUCAUUAAAGGGAUUCUGCCAUGAUGAAGCAACUGUUAUCUCAGGGACCCUGCUUGCUAAACAAGUCUAUAAAGAAGUCCAGAGGGAUGUAGAAGCAUGGAUGUCACUUGGGAACAAGAGACCUCAACUCACUGUCAUUUUAGUAGGAGACAAUCCAGCCAGUCAUACAUAUGUAAGAAAUAAGAUGAAGGCAGCUGCUGCUGUAGGCAUUUGUAGUGAGAUAAUAUUGAAGCCUAAAGACAUUUCUCAGGAAGAACUUUUAGAUUUGACUGCCAAAUUAAACCAGGAUUCAAGAGUUAAUGGUAUAUUAGUCCAGCUACCUCUUCCAGAUCAUAUAGAUGAACGAACAGUCUGCAAUAUUGUUGCACCUGAAAAAGACGUAGAUGGAUUCCAUAUUAUCAAUAUUGGACGACUAUGUCUUGAUCAGCCUUCUGUAAUACCUGCCACUGCUGCUGCUGUUUGGGAAAUUAUCAAAAGAACAGGAAUACAAACAUUUGGAAAAAACGUUGUGGUAGCUGGAAGAUCUAAGAACGUAGGAAUGCCUAUUUCAAUGCUUUUACAUACAGAUGGAGAACAUGAAAGGCCUGGAGGUGAUGCUACAGUGACGAUUACUCACAGAUAUACUCCAAAAGAGCAGCUGAAGAUCCAUACCCAACUAGCUGACAUUAUAAUAGUAGCUGCAGGUAUUCCAAAGUUGAUUACAGCUGAUAUGGUUAAAGAAGGUGCAGCUGUAAUUGAUGUGGGCAUCAAUCAUAUCCUUGACCCUCUGACUGGGAAAACCAGAUUAGUAGGGGAUGUGGACUUUGAAGAGGUAAAGAAGAAAGCCACCUUUAUAACUCCAGUCCCAGGAGGAGUCGGACCUAUGACUGUCGCCAUGCUCUUGAAAAACACACUCAUUACUGCUAAAAAGCUCAUUUACUAGAAAUGUACUGCAACAUUGCAAAAUGAAUCCAAGUUAUUCUAUUUAUUGAUACCACAAAUCAUUUAUUUUUACUACAAAUAUAUUUAUUUCUACAUUAUAUUUAUUUUUUUUCAUUUAAAAUAUUAUGAAUCGGAUGAUUUACAAAAUGUUACAAUACCUUAUGUUACCUCCCGCAGCUGAAUUGUGAGUAAAACAAAGCGCAGUCACAGCUUUCACAUGUUUGGUUUUUCCGUGGGUCAAUCUUGUUUAGAAAGAAAUGAUUAAGAGUAAACAUUUCAAAAGCAUCUAAGUCCUAUUUUCAAAAGCAAUUAGUUAGCAGUUCUUAAUCAGCUAUGAACCUAAACUUCAUUGAAAUUUAAUGAAGCCACUAAGUGCUAGAUCACUUUUUGAAAAUUGAACUUCGGUUUCCAUGUCAUGUAUUUUGAAAAUUUUAUUCUAAAUCUUUAAAUCCAAAACUUCUUUUGAUGUCAGUUGGAGGUUGUGCAUGUACAAGAAAUGCAAGGUUCAAACCUAAGAUUCAACUGCAUGUCAGUAAUGCAGAAAUCAUAAAGGGCUCACAUUCACCAUGUAUGGUUUUAAAAUUACAAUAAGAUUAUGCACAAAAGGCCAAUUUCUGAUCUUAUAGACAUACCCAAACAUAAGUGGGAGCUACGGGCACUAGAGUGGGAACCAGAAUUUCGUCUACUUCAAAAUCCAGGCUUUGUUAACCAAAUGUAUUGAUACGCAUGCAGUGUGUUGUAUUCUUUUAAGCAUGCUCAGUGUUUGAUAUGUUGUGAUCCCACAAUGUGAUCCUGCCUGGAUCACGUAGUAGGAUCAGGACUGGGAUUAAUAAAUGUAAAUUGUAACCUAAUAUGGAAAUGUGUCACUGGUAACAUAAAAGGGAGAAAAAGUUCAACCAGAAUGAAAUAGUUGUGUUUAAAAUUCUGAACUACAUUCCCUCUCUCCUUCUGAGAUUAGUUUAUGUUCUUAAUCUCUGCCGUAAGGUCCUAUCCUAGACCCAUGGGAGUUUUGCUAUUAACUUUAGUGACCACAGUUACAUACAGAAGGAUGACAUUGGGAAGAGGACACUACUGCUAUAAAAAUAAAAGGUAAACUGGGGAGAAUAGGGAAUAUUUAUCUGCAUUCAAAGAAGGAAUAAAAAUGUUGAUGCUCGCUUAUUCGUUCCUUGAGAGAGAGGAUCGUUUCCAAAACUGAAUUAGUCAACAAAUACAAUGUAAAAUUAAAAUGGGAAUGCCAAUAAGUACCAAUAAUAAGCCAUUCUGAUGAUUGCAUAUAUUAACAAUACAGAGUGCCCACUUCAGCUUCCUCUGAAGUCAGAAUUGGCCAUUGUUUACAUCUCUAAAUCUCUGUAGAGACAUCUUAUGAUUUACUGUAAUCAUGAGCCACUGAUGUUUGCCAGUAGUUUGUAGAUUGUAUGAAUGAAAAAAAGCCCAAAUAUAAUGCUGACUGUUUCUUCAAUUUAAAAAUGCACUUUAUAAAAUAAAGA